CCGCCGCCGCCGCCGCCGCCCCCGCCGCCGACGUCGCCGCCGCCGCCGCCGCCGCUGCCGCCGCCGCCGCUGCCUGGGUGAAGCACUAUGGAGGGAGCUUCGGCCAAGCGCUGGUACUUCACCCGGGAACAGCUGGAGAAGAGCCCAUCCCGUCGUGCCGGCAUCGACCCGGACAAGGAGCUCUAUUGCCGGCAGCAAGCAGCCAAUCUGCUUCAGGACAUGGGGCAGCGUCUCAAUGUCUCUCAACUGACUAUCAACACUGCCAUUGUAUACAUGCAUCGAUUCUACAUGGUCCAGUCUUUUACACAAUUCCAUCGAAAUAGUGUUGCUCCAGCAGCCCUUUUUCUGGCAGCUAAAGUAGAGGAACAACCACGAAAACUAGAACAUGUAAUCAAGGUAGCGCAUGCUUGCCUCCACCCUCUGGAUGCACUUCCUGACACCAGAAGUGAGGCUUACCUGCAACAAGUCCAAGACCUGGUCAUUCUAGAGAGCAUAAUACUGCAGACCCUGGGCUUUGAAAUAACAAUUGACCACCCACACACGCAUGUAGUAAAGUGCACACAGCUUGUCCGAGCAAGCAAGGAUUUGGCACAAACUUCCUACUUCAUGGCAACCAACAGCCUGCACUUGACUACAUUUAGCCUGCAGUACACACCUCCUGUGGUGGCUUGCGUCUGCAUUCACCUGGCCUGUAAAUGGUCCAACUGGGAGAUCCCAGUCUCCAGUGAUGGGAAACACUGGUGGGAGUAUGUGGAUGUCACAGUGACCCUGGAGCUUCUUGAUGAACUGACGCAUGAAUUUCUACAAAUCCUUGAGAAAACCCCUAACAGGCUCAAGCGCAUUCGAAAUUGGAGGGCUUGCCAGGCAGCCAAGAAAUCUAAAUCAGGUGAUCCAGGAGAAGAUGACUCUCUUUCAGAGCAGGCAAUCCUCAGCAUGAUCUCCAGGAGCUCUUCAGAUAUGAACAUUGCAGGCUUAAUGAGCAUGUCAACUUCUAACACAACAAGCACCGUGCCUUCUCUCCCAGCUAAGGAGAAGUCCCCCAGUGAUUUAAGCAGUGUAGAGAUGUUGCAGGCUGAGCACUGGCUGCCUUCACAGCACUCCCACAAGCUGGAAUCUACUCAGGGUCAUCGGACUAAUGAGCAUCUAGCACUUAUAGGAGCUGACCAUUCUUUGCAGCAGGACCCAGCUGCAUUUGUUUCUCAAAAGCAGAGCAGCAAAAGUGCACCAGCUGCAAAGGUGUCACUGAAGGAGUAUCGAGCUAAGCAUGCUGAGGAGCUUGCUGCUCAAAAACGACAGCUGGAAAACAUGGAGGCCAAUGUGAAAUCACAGUAUGCUUAUGCUGCCCAGAAUCUCUUGGCUCAGCAAGAGAGCCACUCCUCUGUCAUUCUGAAAAUUCCCAUGGAAAGUUCUGAAAACCCAGACCGCCUUAGUCUGGAAAAGGCAGACAAAGCAGCUCUCAAAAUGAGAAUCCCCAUGGUAGGCGGAGGAGAUAAAGCCCUUUCUACAAAACCAGAGGAGAUAAAAAUGCGUAUUAAAGUUCACACAGCAGCUGAUAAACAUAGCUCCGUGGAUGAGUUUGGGGCAAAAACCCGGGAACACAAGGAGAAGCACAAGGUCCACACAUCAAAUCAUCAUCACCACCACCACAAUCACCAUUCACACAAACACUCCCACUCCCAACUCCCAAGUGGUGCUGGAAACAAGCGACUGAGUGACUCGAAACAUAGCAGCCAGCCAAGCAUUCUGGCCCACAAAGCCUACAACUUGUCUGUUUCCUCUUCCUCUUCUAGUUCAGCCCGUAAAAGGCCCCUUCCUGAGGAGUCUGGAGUAAUAUAUGAGCACCCUGCCAAAAUUGGCAAGACCUCUAAAUCAUCCUCGGUGACUUUCUCCUUCCCCACUCUUCCUGCAAUGACACAAUUGCCUGGGCAUAGCUCAGAAACAAGCAGCCUUCCCUUCUCCAGAGCUCCUCAUGUGAAAUCGGACAAAGGCUCCACUGGAGCAAAUGGACAUAACACAGCUCAAACAAUAGACUAUCAGGACACAGUUAACAUGCUUCACUCACUGCUUAGUGCCCAGGGCAUGCAGCCCACGCAGCCCUCUGCUUAUGAAUUUGUUCACUCUUAUGGUGAAUAUCUGAAUCCACGUGCUAGUGGAGCUCCUUCCAGAGCAGGCAAUUUAGACAAACCUCGACCACCUCCUCUACCAUCAGAACCUCCCCCACCACUCCCACCCCUUCCUAAGUAAACAACAAAGAAAAGCCCCCUCCCCUCCUUAUUUUUUUUUUUUUUUUUUAACUACUGAGUCUGGACUAAGAAAAUUACAUAUAUGAAAUUUUUGUCACUCUCUUUGGGCCAGGGAAGGGAGGGUGUAGUGGGUAGGAUAUUUGUUAUUAUAUCCACUGCCUCAGAAAUAACUAUUUUAUUAUAGUUUUUACUGGUAUUAGAGAAGUGAGAAUUCCUUAAAGCUGUGAAGGAUUGAAGACACUUCCUCUGUUCUAUGCUCCUGUGUCUCCCAGCUGGGUGGUUGGUGUUGGUGGUUAUUUUCCCCUUCCUAACCCCCAUAUUUUUGUGUCAGGACUAAAAAGUGUAAUUUUUCUUUCAAACAAAAAACAAAACUUGUGGAAUUAUUGGGGUUUUAAUAUAUCAAAAGAGAGGAAGUAUUUAAACAUGUCAAAAUCUUUUAAAAAGUAAUUUAAAAAUAACUUAUCCGUUAAGUUUUUA